AUGCGAGUGACCCUUUUGCGAUGUAGCGAUGCGGCUCCUCGCACCACCGUAAUCGACACCGCGGCGAUCAAGGCCCCGCCCGGCAAGGGCUGUCCCCGCUGCGGUGGCGUCGUCUUUGCCGCCGAGCAGGUGCUCGCCAAGGGCCGCGAGUGGCACCGGAAGUGCUACAAGUGCCGCGACUGCACCAAGACCCUGGACUCGAUCAUCGCCUGCGACGGCCCGGACCGGGACGUUUACUGCAAGACCUGCUACGGGAAGAAGUGGGGACCGCACGGAUACGGAUUCGCAUGUGGCUCGGGAUUCCUCCAGACCGACGGGCUCACGGAGGAAGAAAUUUCGGCCAGUCGACCUUACUACAAUCCUGAUACGACCUCGAUUAAGGCGCCAGCUGGGCAGGGUUGCCCCCGUUGCGGUGGCAUGGUGUUUGCCGCUGAACAACAGCUCGCCAAGGGCACCAUGUGGCACAAGAAGUGCUUCAAUUGCGCCGAGUGUCACCGACCCUUGGACUCCAUGCUGGCAUGCGACGGCCCCGACAAGGAGAUCCAUUGCCGCGCGUGCUACGGAAAGCUCUUCGGGCCCAAAGGCUUUGGAUUCGGCCACAAACCGACUCUCGUCUCGACGGACACAGAUCAUGCUCCCUCAUAUAUCGACGCUAAGCCCCAGGUCGGCCAGAAGCGAAACGACGGGCACGGUUGCUCGCGCUGCGGCUAUCCGGUAUACGCCGCCGAGCAGAUGAUCUCGAAGAAUCGCGUCUGGCACAAGCGGUGCUUCAGCUGCGGCGAGUGUCACCGUUCCCUGGACUCGACGAACCUGAAUGACGGCCCGGACGGAGAUAUCUACUGCCGCAGUUGCUACAAUCGGCACUUUGGGCCCAAAGGCGUGGGCUUCGGAAUGGGCGCGGGCACCCUCACGAUGGCCUAAAUUCGCAGGCCCCCUAUCUCCCCCCUAUCUCACACGCCGCUCGAGGAAAAUCCUCGAUCCAGUCUUAUAUAUUAAUGUAAAUACAUCUAU